AUGGAUAGAAGAGGGCAAAGUUGGUUCCUCUUAACAAAACAGGGAAAUUCAAAAAUAUCAAAUUAGCGGAAGUUUUUCGAAACUUGUUGUUUAUUUAGCUGUUUACUUCACAACGAUAACGCUAUGAAGAGAAGAUUUCCACGUUCUAGACUUCAGAAAAUAAUAAAAAGCUAUCAGAAAGAAAUUAAAAUGACAAAAAAUGUCGAUAUUUUGAUAUUUUUGAAUUAUAUGAUGUUUCUACGUUCACUUGCCAUUGAGGCAAAUUUGAACUGCCAAGAAAGUGGACAAAAACAUCUAACUGGAACUCAUGUUGAGAAUGCCCUUCCGGUUGUUCUUAAGAAGUUCCGUGGGUAAAGAAAAAACUCUUCAUCUUAUAUGAUUUUCUAGAAGAUAUGCUAUAUUUAUACAUAGUCUAUAAUGCAAAUAACACUGAUGAAUUAUUUCUUUGAAAUAAUAUAUUAUUUCAGUUAUUUGCCAUAGUCAUACAA